CAUAUGUUGGCGUGGGAAGGUGCGCGGAGCAAGAGUGAACGGUAGAAGAUAAGAGUUUAAAAGUGGGGUAACUUCUCAUCAAGCAUAAAUUAAUCAAGAUAAUGUGAGAGAAGAAGUUCUUUUCUGGGACAUUAAUCCACCACGCAAAGGAAGACAGAAUUUUUUUUAUAGUUGCAUUUUGGGAUUGACCAAUCCAUUGUCUCUUUUUCACUGAAAGCGUCCUCUCAGGAUGAACGUCACCAAUUCCAGCCUGGUUCCCUUGCUAGUUCUUCCUCUGGCGCUGGUCAUCUUCCUAACGGUGACGGGGAACCUGCUGGUCAUCCUGGCUAUUGCUUGCACCUCUCAGCUCCACACAACCACCAAUGUCUUCAUCAUCUCCAUGGCCUUUGCAGAUCUCAUCAUGGGCUGUGUGGUCCAGCCCUUGGGCUUGAGCAUGGUGGUUAGCGGGAAGUGGCUGUUGGGCAAAAAGGCUUGCGACCUGUGGACGUCCGUGGAUGUGCUGUGCGUCACGGCCAGCAUCGAGACGUUGUGCGCCAUCGCCGUUGAGCGUUAUGUUGCGGUCACAAGACCCCUCGAGCAUCAGAUCCUCCUGGGCAAGCGCAGAGCCGUCUACAUCGUAUGCAUAGUGUGGAUGGUGUCGUCCCUGGUUUCCUUCGUGCCAAUCAUGAACCAUUAUUCUCAUGCAAAUGCCACCGUUUCGGAAGACUGUUACAAUAACGAAGAGUGCUGUGAUUUCCAUACUAACGAGGUCUAUGCCAUCUUCUCCUCAGUGGUGUCAUUCUAUGUGCCCCUCGUGAUUAUGGUGUUUUUGUACGGGAAGGUGUUUGCCAUCGCGACCAGACAGCUGAAACUCAUCGAAAAAGACAGACUGCGCUUUCCGAGCACAGGCAUGGAAGAUGCUAGUGAAAGUACAGUUUCUGCAAGCAAAACAGCUGGUGGUUAUAGGAGGAAGUCGACGAGGCAUUAUGUAAAAGAACACAAGGCGCUCAAAACACUAGGGAUUAUUAUGGGCACCUUCAUUUUGUGUUGGCUGCCCUUCUUCUUGUUCAAUAUCAUCAAGGUCUUUAAUCCCAGUGUGCUGUCACCUUUCGUGUUGCUCUUGUUGAACUGGCUCGGCUACACCAAUUCAGGCCUGAAUCCAAUCAUCUACUGCCACAGUCCCGAGUACCGUAAUGCCUUCCUGAAUCUUCUAGGGUGCAAAAAACUGGCUAAGAGGCUAAAUCACGACUCCAGCAAACAUCUACAGAGCCUCACCUCAUACAUCCACAACAACAGUUCUGUAAGGAUGGAUUGCUUGGGUCACAUAGAUCCGACUGCAGAGGGUGGGAACAUGUGCUCUGACACGUGUGCAGUUCUUGAAGUGCAAGAGCCUCUCAAUGACUAAAAUGUGGCAUGGAUCAAUGUAGAAGAGACUUAAGGGUAAGGCACAUUGAAGAUUGGAAACAGAUCCUAUUUGCUCUUCAAGGGAAUCAACUGUACUCUAACGUCACGCUGUUCAAGUGGAGCCCGACUGUGUGAAGGCAAAAUAGACCAAUUUUCAUAGUAAAGAGCAAGAAAGCAUAAACAAAAUAUAUACAUAUAUAUAUAUAUAUAUAUAUAUAUAUAUAUAUAUUGAGAACAAAUAGUUACAUGAAAGAAUCACGCAGAGAGUUAUUUUUGAUUAAACUUCUGAUUAAAAGUUGAAGUCCUAAAAUGCCAUCUCUCUUCACGUUACAAACCAUCAGAAAAACAAAUUUGUUGUGCAUAUGGACACGACACAGUUUUUUUUUUUUUUUUUUUUGGAUCAAUUGGCCCUUCAGAGAUGAAUUUGAAUGAAAACUGCUCAGGGUCCAAAACAUGAGUAAAGACCGCCAUUGGUUAUUAAAUUAAAGAGUCGCUUGCCCAUUGGUCCAAAAAUAGGAACAUGAAUGAGCACAUCACACAAGCAUGUGCUGCCAGUGCCAUAUAGUUAGUUUCAAUAUUUGUCGUCUUCCUUUUAAACAGCACUGAAAAUGGUGCUGAAGACACAUUUCCAACCUCAGCGCAAAAAUUACCAUUGGAAAAGAAUGAUUGGAAUUAUUCUUUUUGCCAUUUGUCUGAUUUCAAUAGCCCAGAUAAAUGCAGUGUGAAAGCUUUUGUCAAAUAUGCAACCACGGCCAAACAAAUCAUGACAAUUGAAUAGUUGCAUGUCUGAGUGUUUGGUUUGGGAUAUUGGUGUUUUGAUCAAAUGUGAAUAUGCACAUGGCAUCAGUGGUUGGUGUUGAGGACAAACUUCUAUUCAUCUUCUGAUCAGAGCACCACGAGUCGCUUUUUCUUGCUUCUUUGAUCCUGAUCCACAAAAAACCUUGUACAGAAAUUUGAAGCAGAAUGAAUGAAUGCAUGCACUUUAUAAUAUAUUUACAAAAAUCUAUUUAUUGAAAGUCUUCACGUGGAGUGUUUUUCAUGCAGCAAUCUCGAAGAGCUACGUGGAAAUAUUUGAUUUUCGAAUAACAAGCUGUUUCUUCACAUGUUUUUAUCAAUUCAAAUCAGUGGCAUCACGGGGGAAAUGAGUCAUUUUAAUUGAGUCUGUUCUUUCUGCUUGUCAUUGUCUUGUGGAAAACAUCAAAUGCAUUAGUUUUAUAAAGCUCAACUCCACAACUAUUCAAAUGGUGGAAGAAUUGUAAUUAACUGCAAUCUCACAAAAGGUCAGAGCAUCAUUUGCAACUUCUGUUUUAGUCUUUUCCUUGGCUGUUGUUCCGACACAGCAGUCUGAAUUGAGAAUCCUGAGGUUUUAUUUCAAAAUGAGAUGCAAAAAUCUGUCAUUCUGAAGGUGAAUGCGAGCUUGAUCCCAUUGACAAUCACCUUAAUGUAAUUAAUACAAGAACCUUAAUAUAAGAAAACAACGUUUUUUUUCUGAAUAAUAAUUUUUACCUUCUGUGGGUUUAUGCGAGCCCGUUCACAUCCCAAAGCGCCAUAUAGGACGCUUUUGCAAAAGCGUAAAUAUCCAACGCACAUGGCACCCUU